AUGCCUCCUCAGAAGGGAUCGUCUCUGUGGGACAACGCCGAGUUCCUCAGCGAUGUCAUCAUUGGUCUUUACGAGGCUGGGACCAUAUCCAAAGGCCUCUCCCCCAAGAUGAGAGAUGGCCUUGUCCAGUACCUCAACAACUGCGGUCACACUGUCACCUGGGAGGGCAUUCGCCAGCAUGUCCAGAAGCUACGUAAGACAAAGGACAUCUCGAGCAUUCAAAAUGCUGGAGGCGUCGACACCCCAACCAAGGGCACACCAUCCAAGGCUACCCCUCGCAAGGGGGCCUCUGCCAAGAAGGCGGCGGGCAAAAGUUCUCGCAAGCGCGUCAACAGCGAUGAUUCUGACAUCGACGACGAUGACUUCAAGAAGGAGGAGGGCCUCUCCGAUGUCGAAAAGAGUCCCUCCAAGAAGCCGGUGAAGCGCGUGAAGAAGGAGCCUUCACCUGAUCUCGAUGAAUACCAGGCCUAG